CUCAACCUGAAGAGCCACCAGAUACAGUGAGAUAGCUUCAUCAUCACUGCUGCCACCACAAACACAAAGGACAUGCUGCCAAUCAAGGCUGUGGUGGUGAUCGCACUUACUGUUUGUCUGACUGCAAGCACAUUUGCUGCUUAUCCUCACUGCUGUCGAAGGUACAUGAUAGGCAGGUUACAGGACUCCAUCAUCAAGGGGUACUCAGUCCAGACUGACACAGAGAUGUGUCGCAUCAAUGCCAUCAUUUUCCACACAAAGAAGGGGAAAGCAUGCGCUGAUCCAGCUCUGAAGUGGGUGAUGGACGCUGUCGAUCGCAUAAGGAAUAAAGCACAGAAAAUCCACCAGCGCAGCUCACAGGGGCGGAAAAAGAAGACCAUCUGAGCUUUUUACGCACACGGUGGAUGCCAGCUAAAGAAACACUUCACUCUUUUAUAUUCCACUGACGUCCGUCUCGUGCAGCCUGCUGCAAAUGAUAAAUAUGUCGUUAAACAACGGCAAUAUCAACUUAGUUUUAAAAGCUUGUGUAAUAUUUUAAUUUCAUAUUCUUUGUAAAUGUAAAAUAUGAUUUUGUAGUUUCAUAUAAAUGCUGAAAUAAAAUGAGCACAUGUGCCAGAUCUGCUUGUGUGCUGUUGUUUUCUGUGGUGAAAACAUCCAGCUUUGGAAGUUCUGUGCUGCUAAUAGUUAAACAGUGACAGAUGAGAGUCCUGUGACAUGAGUAGGAGGAAGUCAUGGGAGCUGUAGAAGGAACAGGUAUUUCUGUUGACAUGGUGCCAUUAACUCUCACUUAACUAACAAAGUAACAUUCAUGUAAUAUUCAAGUAAUACAACAAUAAUGGUUUGAACUGCAUAAUAUUAAAUUGCAGUUUAUUUAUUUGGGUAAUAUGGGGUCAUAAACUGGAUGUAAUAAAGUCU